AUGGAGAGCUACGACUACCUUUUUAAAAUAGUACUGAUUGGCGACUCGGGUGUGGGAAAAACCAACUUGCUGUCUCAGCUCACAAGGGGAGAGUUCUCAGCCGAGACGAAGGCCACUAUUGGUGUGGAAUUCGCGACUAGAACAUUCAAAAUCGAUAAUUUGGUGAUCAAAGCACAGAUCUGGGAUACAGCUGGACAGGAAAGAUACAGAGCUAUCACCUCGGCCUACUACAGGGGCACUCUGGGCGCCCUGAUAGUCUACGAUAUUACCCGAAAAUCAACAUUAAGCAACGCUACCAAGCACUGGCUCACGCAGCUGAAGGAAUAUUCUGGUGAGGAAAUAGAGAUAAUGAUGGUUGGUAAUAAAACAGACUUGGAAGACGAGAGGACUGUCACCGUGGCAUGCGGGAAUGAUGCAGCUAAGUCAAAUAACCUUAAUUUUUUGGAGACCUCUGCGUUAGACGGCAGCAAUGUUGAGAAGGCGUUUGAUGAGCUGAUAAAAGCGGUAUAUAGGAGACGAAAGACCCUGGAUCCCGAGUUCAAAGAGGCGCUUUCAAGAACCGAACCUGCGAAAAAUAAGAAGAUAAUACAAAUAAAGAAGAAAAAAAAGAAAAGCUGUUGUUAA